AUGAAAAACAAAAAUAAAAAAUCUUAAGUGAAUUCCUUAUUUAGAUAUAUUCCAACUGCCACUCAAGAAUAGUAUAUCAGAAGAAAUAGUUAUUCUUAUCCUUCUAAUAACUCUGCAAUCCAAUAAAUUUUCAACUUCUACUCUAAAUAAUCAUACGCUAUAGGCGUAAAUGCAACAUUCGAUAGGUAGUACCAAGAAAGUAACUCAUUAAAUUUAGCUAAAUUCUUUCAUUUUUGCAGAGAUUUCAAUAUAAAAUUCCUAAAUAGAUAAGAACUCCAAGAUCUUUUUAAGAAAUGUGCAACUCAAGGAUCGAACGUCACUUUAGAGGAGUUCGAAUAAAUUUUUAGUUUGCUACCAUAAAUAUAUUGUAAUUGA